AUGUUAACCUCAGACCGCGUACUACCACCUGUACACGAGGGAUUAGGAUCGAGAUUGCUCUCCGAGAAUUUUGCUGUUGCGUGGGACAAUAGUGACCAUGAUCAUAGGUUCGCUUUGUUCCUUGCACUCAUCAAGUGUAUACGGUGGGAGAUUGCUAAAGUAGCAGUUCCCCGGCUAUGUCUAUUGAUAUUCAAUAUGGCACAGCCAUUUCUGCUCAGCCGGGCGGUGGUAUACUUCGGGUCAACAGACUCAGGUCUGUCUCAAAACACCGGAGACCUGAUACGUGACUUUAUCAUCGUUCUUAUCGGGACCGCAAUCUCAACUGCAACUUACGAGCACUUGGGUUAUCGCGCCAUGGCAAUGCUCCGUUCUGGGACGACUGCCCUUAUAUACCGUACAAUGAUGUGGUUGCGUAUAGACAAUGCUCGCACAUUCGACGCAAUUUCCUUGGUAGGUUCAGACAUUCACUCAGUUGCAGAGUUCUUCCGCCGUACGAUUUGCGAUACUUGGGCAAAUGCCUUACAGCUGGGCCUGGCUAUUUGGCUUUUAGCAGACCAAAUUGGAGCUAUCUGCAUCGCCCCUAUCAUUGUUACUAUAAAAGGCUCAGUAUCGCAUCAUCAGAAACUAUGGCUCGAAGCCUCUCAAAAGCGCGUUGACUUUACCACAAAAGUGUUAGAGUCUGUUAAGUCGAUAAAGAUGCUCGGACUUAUAGAAGGCAUGGUCCAUAUGAUUGAAGAACUUCGUACAGAAGAGAUUGAGAUUUCAAAGAGAUUUCAGAAAAUCCAAGCAGCCAAGGCGUUCUUUGGUAGAUUGGAAGGGUCUAGUGCUUUUUCAGUAUCACAAGCCAUCACUUCCUUGUCCCUAAUAAACCUGUUGCUCACUCCCCUUCGUGAUUUGCUAUUUGCUAUCCCCGACACUUUUCUUUCUAUUGAAUGUCUUGACCGAGUCCAGAAUUUCUUGACUCACGAACCUCAAAAUGACAAGAGAAUGAUCGGAAUGACAUCUUCCGGACUAACAACAUCAACGCAGUCAUCGGUUCCCCUACCGAUAGAUCCAGAAAAUGCCUCGCCGAGACUGAGAACUGCAGUUCUAGAACUGGAUAAUGUUAUGUUUGGGACCGGGCCGGACCAAUCAAAACAUAUUGGGAGGCUGACGCUGAGACUUUCAACACCCUCACUCACUAUGAUAGUAGGCCCCAUGGGCUGUGGCAAAUCGAUGUUGUUAAAGACCCUCCUUGGUGAGAUUGAGCCAGUUGAAGGUGACAUCUUCAUCAGUGACCCGGAUGUUGCGUACUGCGACCAGUCACCGUGGAUUUUCAAUAGCUCUAUCAAGGAAAAUAUUAUAGGAGAAUCCCACUUUUACGAUGGAGAGUGGUAUCGUUCGAUAAUCAACGCAUGUUGCCUGGAUAAAGAUUUGCGGGAAAUGCCCGCAGGCCAUGACACAUUGAUUGGCAGUCAGGGUACCAGGCUCAGUCGUGGGCAAAUGCAAAGAAUAGCCAUCGCUCGCGCAGUCUAUGCACGAAAGCCCUUGGCAAUUUUUGAUGAUGUCCUAAGCGGCUUUGACCCAGUCACUGAGCGGAAAGUGUUUGACCGCGUCUUCAGUGAAAGGGGCAUUCUCCGGCGGAUUGGUUGUAUUGUUUUACUCGCUUCUCGUAGUGUACAUAACCUGCCCGAAACUGAUUUUGUUAUCGCAUUGGGCGCAGAUGGCCUUGAAAUGGGCACUUUCCGGGAGCUUCGGUCUGCUAGGGGGUACAUCUCAAAGUUAGAUCUUUCAAAAGGGCCCCAAAAUAGCUGCGAAGAAAGCAUUGAAACGGACAAAACAACUAUGAAAAGAAAGACGAAACGAAGCGGUGCAUACAUCGAAGACCAAAACCGAGAGAUAAAUGACCUAGCGAUCUGCAAAUACUAUGCAGCAGCUAUUGGGUGGCCAAAGAUGGCUCUUUUACUCGGAAUUCUCACUAUGGAAUCACUCUUUGGUGUUUUGCGGUAUGUCUGGGUCCCUCUGUGGUCCGAAAUAGAAGACGGCAUAUCAAACUCGAGACUAGGGUUUUGGCUCGGAAUAUAUGCCUCAAUUGGUUUUACUGAGGCAGCUGGGUUGAUACUAGCGAUAUUGGAUGUGGAUUGUGAUUCUGCAGGCUACGUCGAAGACCCUCCACGGGGUUAUUUUACAAGCAGUCGCGAUACGGGCGAUCUUGUGAAAAGAUUUAGUGAGGACAUAGAAUUGAUUGAUAAGGAUCUCCCAUUUUUGAGCAACAUCUAUUUGGUUGAGUCAACGGUUUUGACUUAUGCCUACUUAGAGCUUUUCGCAGCCAUCGCUCAAGCGGGCGUCGCGAUAGCAGCCGUGCCUUAUCUCGCUGUGACAAUGCCCUUUCUACUUGUCAUACUGAUCUUCAUUCACCAUGUGUUUUCUCGGACAUCGCGCCAAUUACGCCUGCUCAAGACCAAAACCGAGGUUUCCCUAGUCUCGCAUUUCAUAGACUCUUUCGAUGGCCUCAUUACGAUCCGUACCGCAUUGGUUGUGCUGUUGAUGGGGCUGGCGAUUACGCUCGAGCUACAGGUCGACCCUGGAUUGCUUGGUGCUGGAUUGCUAAUGAUGACGAUGCUUGGGCAGAGCCUUUCAGGUCUCAUCCUGAGAUGGACUUCUACCGCGCCAUCACUUGAGGCCAUCGCACGGAUCAAGCAUUUUGUUGAGGAUACACCGAACGAAUUGAAGCACAGCUAUGCUAUAGAUACCGAAUACGAUUGGCCAGCACUAGGAGCCAUCGAAUUCAAAGACGUAUGCGUCAGGCAAGAGUCCACAUUCAAUCUGGCACUACGAAACAUCACGUUCACUCUUCAACCUGGACAGAAGCUGGGACUAUGUGGACGAACUGGAGGGCAAGUACUAUUCCUGAUCGCUUUGACAUCCGGCCAAAUCCUCAUCGACAGCCAAGACAUCUCAACAUUGCCACCAUCUCUGGUCCGCAAAAGGAUAAACUACCUAACCCGGGAGCCUUUCUUGAUUCCCGCUUCUGUUAGACAAAAUCUGGACCCACUUGGUGACAAAUGCGAUGGCGAAAUCAUUAUCGCACUUGAGCGUGCCAAACUCUGGGGGGUUCUGGUAGAGAUAUCUCUCACGACCAAUUUUCCGGACUGCAACCCUCUGGAUAUUAUCGUCGACGACAGCUUUCUAUCGUAUGGUCAGCGGCAGCUUCUGUGCCUUGCACGGAUCCUGCUGAAGGAGAGUACGAUAUUGCUCCUGGAUGAGCCUCCUAGCAAUCUGGAUCCCGAACUAGAUUCAGAGAUCCAGGAUGUCCUCCAAUCGGAGUUCAGCUCUUGCACAAUCAUCAUGAUCGCCGAUAAACUUCAGGCAAUCCUGGACUUUGACUACGUGGCUGUGAUUGACGAAGGUCAACUCGUAGAAUUGGGGAACCCGCGGACUUUAUUGUCGGAGGACCAAAGUACUUUUCGGGAAUUGUACUUGGCCGAAACACGUCGAUCAAGAAAGACAAGGAGGGUCGUCUGA